AUGCAUAACCAGGUAGUGCUCCCUGCUGCGGAGGAGGCUGGUAAUAUCCAUAAGGAGCAGGUUGAUCAGGCUGUUGUUGACUAUUUUGCUGUGGAUGGAUAUAGGACUGUCCAAGUUGUCGCUCUCUCAGUGUUAUUCCAAGGGACUUGCAGAGGCAAUAUCCCUUGGAAUGGCACAAUUUUCCGCAUUCAUAACUUGAAUGUGGAACUUUGA